AUGAAUUAUCUUCUUGGAGCUUUCAAGCCUACAUGCAAUGUCCUGAUCUCAUUUACUGAUGGAAAAAACCGUAAGCAGGUUCCAUUUAAAAAAGAAAAUGGCCAGUCAGUUACAGUCCCUCUUUUCCACAGUCAAGAAAACAUUGCUGGAAAGAUUACAAUAGAACCAAUGCAAGGGAAGAAGAUUAACCACAAUGGCAUAAAAGUUGAGCUCCUUGGACAAAUAGAGAUGUAUUUUGACAGAGGGAAUUUUUAUGACUUUACUUCCCUUGUACGUGAGCUAGAUGUUCCUGGAGAAAUUUAUGAAAGGAAAACAUAUCCAUUUGAAUUUUCUACUGUUGAAAUGCCAUAUGAGACAUACAAUGGGGUGAAUGUGAGACUUAGGUAUGUCUUGAAAGUGACCAUUAAUCGUGGUUAUGCAGGAAGCAUAGUUGAGUACCAGGAUUUUGUGGUUCGCAACUAUUCUCCACUCCCACAGAUUAAUAACAACAUCAAGAUGGAAGUUAGAAUAAAAGAUUGUCUGCAUAUUGAAUUUGAGUACAACAAAAGCAAGUAUCACUUGAAAGAUGCUAUCAUUGGCAAGAUAUACUUCUUACUUGUCAGAAUCAAGAUAAAAAAACAUGGACCUUGA